GCUCGGUCCAGGAACACGUGGCUGCGAACUGAGCGGAGACAUGGCGGCGGCAGCGGGCGGCCUGCACGAGCUGCUCCCCCCUCCCUGCGCCUUCUCCCCGCCCGGCCAGGGGCUGCUGGCUCUCUCCGGGCAGGACGGUACCAUCCGGGUGUGGGACACGCAGGGCGGCGGGCUCAGGCGGGAGUACGUACCGUCAGCCCAUCUCAGCGCGACCUGUACCUGCUUGGCCUGGGCCCCGGGCCGGACUGACAAGGAAAGCCAUCAGAAGAAGAAAAGGAAAGGGGAAGCUGUGGAACAAGAUGAACAAUAUGAUCUUCUCGCCAUUGGCACAGCGACCGGGACGAUUUUAUUAUACAAUAUAGUUAAAGGAGAACUGCAGAGCAAACUGGUUGGGGGUCAUGAAAGCAGAGUAAACUGUAUCCGGUGGAAUCGGGGAAACGGUAGCUUGUAUAGUUGUUCAGAAGACAAACACAUUGUGGAAUGGAACACACAGACCUGCAAAGUAAAAUGCAAAUGGAAAGGGGACAGUGGGAGCGUCAGCAGUUUGUGCCUCAGUCCAGACGGCAAGAUGCUGCUCUCAGCUGGAAGAACCAUCAAACUCUGGAACCUGGACACCAAAGAAGUCUACAGGCAAUUUACUGGCCAUUCAUCUGCAGUCAUGUCCUUGAUGUUUGUGACCACACCAUCGUCCAGCGAUUCUCCGUCACAUGACACGACCGGAUUAUAUUUCCUGUCUGGUGCAAUGUAUGACCGGUUGAUCAGCGUAUGGCACGUUAAGACUGGGAAAAAGGAGAAAAGUGCAGCCAUGUCCUUCACGCUGACAGAAAGUCCUGUGUGUGUGGACCUCACUCCUUCAAGGAGCAAAGAGGAGCCACUGAAGUUGUCAGUCGUAUGCAGAGAUGGCCAGCUCCAUUUAUUUGAACAUGUUUUGAAUGGAAACCACAGUAAGCCAUUCACACCAACGUGUACGAUACAGAUUGCGAGUUCUGGAAAUGAUAAGGAUGCAACUCCAAAGCCUGUUCCCAUCCAUGCUGCCAAGUUCCUGCCAGACAGACAAUCCAUCCUGCUCUAUUACGGGAACACGAUACAGCCAGUCAUUGAAAAACUGGUAUUGAAGACAGAUGAGCCUCACAUAUGCCUUAUCAGGGAUAUCCAGAAGGCCGUAUCUCUUCGAAAAGACUUACCAGUUACAAAAGUGAAAACUCCAGUCGUAAAUUCCGACAGCAAAGUCUUGGUCCCAGGGAUCCCUGGUCAUAGCUCGAUAGUACCGACUGCUGCUUCCAUAACAAGGAAACAGGAUGGCAAGAGGAAACCAGGAGACAAAGAGGCCACUAUCGAGGAUCGAUUGGAUGCCAUGGACAUUGACACAUCCAAGCAGCAGAGUAAAGGUGGACUUCCACAGGCAGACAACUUUGCCGUUCUCCUGGUGCAAGGCUUGGAAAGUAAUGACUCCGCCAUCUUGAAUAAAGUCUUCCCGUCCAAGAACGAGAACUUAAUUCGAAAGACCGUGGCCAAGAUUCCGGUUUAUGCGGUUAUUCCCCUCGUGAACGAGAUUACCAGAAGAUUACAAGGGAACCCUACAAGUGCCCUACAGAUGGUGAAAUGGUUAAAAGCCGUGUUUGUUUCGCAUGCUUCCUAUCUCUCCACGCUCCCUGAUCUGGUUCCCCAACUUGGCACAUUGUAUCAGCUCAUUGAGAGCAGAGUCAAAACCUUACAGAAACUGUCACGGCUUAACGGCAAGCUGUACCUGCUGGUCACACAGGUUGCUGCGUACGAGAAAGCUCAGCGCACUCAUGUAAAUCAAGAAGCGAAGCUGGUUUAUGAAGAAGAAUCUUCAGAAGAGGAGUCUGAAGAAGAGCUUAUUGCAGAGCAAGAGUCGGAUGAUAAUUGGGAAGAAGAGGAGGGUGAGGAUGAUGAUAAUGCAGAAUCCGGAGAAGAAGAGUCGGAGGAUGACCAAGACAUGAACGUUGAUAAAGUAAAUGGGGAUUCUGACCAGGACCUGGAUAAUGAAAGCGAAGAGGAGUAGCUUUCAGCUUUUGGAAAACUAUAGAAUCCGGACCUCAGAACCACUUUAUCGACGGAGACUAAGCUUCUCCAGGAGCCGGCCACAUUUCAGCCUCCAGAAUGUUAACUGUAAACUGCCUUUCUUAACUCCCCCCCCUGCGAGAGCCCAGUCCCAUUCCACAUUUCCCCCCCGUCUUUUGAUUGAAGAGCCAUGUUCUAUCUGCGGACAUAUCAUUUUGUGUUUGGAAUAAAUUGCCGCUACCAUUGUAGGUAUAAAAAAAAAAAAAAAAGUUGGUGUUAUUUCAGGUUUUUGCUCUUUAACCACCGGCGUAAAAGAUGGCGUUCAUCACGUGACACUUGUACAUUUAACUGGUAUAGACCUGGCUGUCUGUACGAGAUUUAAGAUAAUAUACUUUCCCCUGAAGUGUAAUUUUCAACUAUUUCAUUAAAUAAGACUGCUGUUUUUUGGGGUAGGGCUGGACAAAAGGUUUGUGUAAUGGUUCCUUUUUUUUUUUUUUUUUUUUAAAUAAAAAUGGGAUAUAUGCAGCCACCUUGAAUUUGAUUGUCAAAAUGCAUUUGGAUCCUUGCAAAAAUGCAAUUUAAUUUUUUGUUCUAUAUAUAUAUUUUUUUGAAUACAGCAAAUACUCCUAUUAUUGGCGGAGGCAAAGUGCCGACCAGUGUCUAUAAACAAAUAUGUUUGGAAAUUUUGUGCAGAGCAUUUCUAACAGAGUCCGUGUAUGAUUUUUCUUUAUUCAUUAAACCUAGGAUUGUUUAAUUCUGGUCCCACUUAUUUUUACACCUGGAAUUGUUU